AUGGACUCUGGUAUGAUGGCUAAUGGUGUUCUCUACCACACACCUCCAGAGUUCCUAGUGGAUUCAUUAACAGUAGCAGUAGCAGAGGCACUAGCAUUAAUAGCAACAGCAGAUAUCACUGAGGUAUUAACAACAGAACCGAUCAGCGAAACGGUAACAUCAGUGGAUGCUACAACAGAGGACGAACAGCAGCAAGGACAGCACCCACAAAAGAGGAGACGAACUCAACACAGCACCCACAAAAGAAGAGACGAACUCAACACAGCACCCACAAAAGAAGAGACGAACUCAACACAGCACCCACAAAAGAAGAGACGAACUCAACACAGCACCCACAAAAGAAGAGACGAACUCAACACAGCACCCACAAAAGAGGAGACGAACUCAACACAGCACCCACAAAAGAGGAGACGGACUCAACACAGCACCCACAAAAGAGGAGACGAACUCAACACAGCACCCACAAAAGAGGAGACGAACUCAACACAGCACCCACAAAAGAAGAGACGAACUCAACACAGCACCCACAAAAGAAGAGACGAACUCAACACAGCACCCACAAAAGAAGAGACGAACUCAACACAGCACCCACAAAAGAAGAGACGAACUCAACACAGCACCCACAAAAGAAGAGACGAACUCAACACAGCACCCACAAAAGAGGAGACGGACUCAACAAAGCACCCACAAAAGAGGAGACGAACUAAAACAGCACCCACAAAAGAGGAGACGAACUAA